UGGGCGGGACGGCGUCAGUCGCGGUCGCCGAACGCCGUCGUGAACUUUGCCGGUGUCGAGUUACCCCUGGACCCGAACCGUCAACCAUGGGCAGUGUGUUGGCUGCCAGCUCCCCUAGUCCUACCCCAGCUGGAGGUGGUCAGGGAGGUCCAGGGCUUCUGUCUGUCCCCCCAGGCUUCACCAUGCCCCCAGUGUCUCCUGUCCCUCCCGCUUCUGCCUCCGACCAGUCAUCAGCAGAUGCCGAAUCCGCCCUUCCAAAUCCAGGCACAUAUGAGGAGUGCCAUCGUAAAUGUAAAGAGGUGUUCCCUAUACAGAUGGAAGGUGUGCGACUAGUGGUGAACAAAGGGCUAAGUAACCACUUCCAGGUCAGCCAUACUCUAACCCUCAGUACUCUGGGUGAUUCUGGCUAUCGAUUUGGUGCUACCUAUGUUGGCAGCAAACAGACUGGGCCAGCGGAGUCAUUCCCAGUCAUGGUGGGUGAUAUGGACAACACUGGCAGUUUGAAUUCCCAAGUCAUCCACCAACUCACCACUGCUGUACGCUCCAAAAUAGCUAUCCAGACCCAACAGCAUAAGUUUGUUAACUGGCAGUGUGACAUGGAGUACCGUGGGCGCGACUUCACCAGUGCUGUAACACUCGGAAACCCAGACAUCCUUGUUGGCUCUGGUAUUCUAGUGGCCCACUACCUCCAGUCCAUCACACCAACACUAGCUCUAGGUGGUGAGCUUGUCUACCACAGGAGACCUGGGGAGGAGGGUGCAGUUACCUCCCUCAUGGGCAGGUACACAGGUGAUAAUUUUGUCGCUACACUUACUCUUGGGGGGGCAGGAGCCCAUGCUACAUACUACCACAAAGCCAAUGACCAGCUGCAAAUAGGAGUUGAAUUUGAGGCCAGCACAAGGAUGCAAGACACUACAACCUCUUUUGGCUACCAAGUGGACCUUCCCAAAGCUAACUUGCUCUUUAAAGGCACAGUAGACAGUAACUGGGUGGUAGGUGCAACUCUGGAGAAGAAACUCAUACCCCUGCCUCUGACACUGGCCCUUGGGGCCUUUCUUAACCAUCGCAAAAACAAGUUCCAAUGUGGCUUCAGCAUUACCAUUGGCUAGAGGGCCAGUGGCCACCCCGUGCCAGCCCACAGGCCUCUGCUUGGACCGGCACAGAGACAGACAGGGACCUGGACUGACUAGUAGAACCAGAUUCAGAGACUCUCUUAUAAAUGCAAUUUCCUUCCAGGACAGAGAGAGAGAGAGAGAACUACCACGGAGCCAGGACUGGCCAAGCCAUGCCUACAUACUGUAGCAUAAAUGUCUAUUUCCUUAACGGUGCAUUUGAUAUACCACGAUGCUAGAAUGGUGCAAGACAAGAGUGAGAGCAUCAGGCAAAGCAUGUGAAGAUGUGAUGUUUAAAUUAAAAAAAAAAAAAGCGGUUCAAAUAAAUAUAGUAAUGGUGACGUAUGAGGGAUCAAAAAUAAACAAUUACUUUUGUAUCACUGGCUG